CGUGAUCCAGGAUAGUUGUCCAAAUCUAAUUGGAUUUUUCUUUGUAUUAUUUCACGAAUCCGUUUUGUGUGUGUGUGUGUGUGUGUGUGUGUGUGUAUAUUUGGGUUUCUAACGCACGACGGAUUGGCUUGGUUACGCACAAGGGAUGUUUCUGUAGUUCGGAUCUCAGCAGUUCGGCAUUGGUCUCUGAUGGAACAAGACACAGCCUUUCUGUGCCCGUUUGUUUUUGGAUACAGCGCAGAUCACAGAUCCCUGGGAAUGCAGUAAUCAAUGUAGGACAUAUGUAACAAGUCCUCAAACCAUUCGGAGGGUCUUGCCACGGGGUAUCAAGACAAGGAAAAGCAGUUGUAAAUGGAUCGCCAUUCCAGCCUUGUUUCUCUCUGGUUUCAGCUGGAACUCUGUGCGAUGGCUGUUCUUCUCACGAAAGGAGAGAUCAGGUGCUACUGUGACGCACCACACUGUGUUGCCACUGGAUACAUGUGUAAAUCGGAGCUCAACGCUUGCUUCACGAAGGUCCUGGACCCACUUAACACAAACUCGCCUCUAACACACGGCUGUGUAGAUUUGCUAGUAAAAUCAGCGGAUGUGUGUUCCAGCAAAAAUGUGGAUGUUUCCAGCGGAAGCGCCUCUCCUGUAGAGUGUUGCCAUGAGGAUAUGUGUAACUACAGAGGUUUGCAUGACCUCACGCACCCUCGAGGUGAUUCGACAGACCGAUACUACAGCUCCAAUCAGAACCUGAUCACAAGGGUGCAAGAGUUAGCAUCCGCUAAAGAGGUGUGGUUCCGGGCGGCAGUGAUAGCAGUUCCCAUCGCGGGUGGGCUUAUCCUGGUUCUGCUGAUUAUGCUGGCGUUGCGAAUGCUUCGUAGUGAAAACAAGCGUCUCCAGGCCCAGCGCCAACAGAUGCUGUCUCGCCUGCAUUAUAGUUUUCAUGGACACCACCAUGCCAAGAAAGGCCAUGUGGCCAAGUUGGACUUGGAGUGCAUGGUGCCGGUAACGGGACAUGAGAACUGCUGUCUGGGCUGUGAUAAGCUGCGGCAGACGGAGCUGUGCACGGGAGGAGGAAGCGGAGGCGAACGCCUCCUAUCUCUUGUGCACUGGGGGAUGUACACAGGACAUGGCAAGCUGGAGUUCGUAUGACUACUCGGAGCUUCCUUGUUAGGGCACAAAAGGGUAACUGUGUAGUUUGCUGUCGUAAUUUUAUUAUCGUCCCGCUCGGCGUGUUAUUUUAUUGUCUCCAUGACCAUGGAGAGCGAAGAAAUUUCAAGGACACAAAUCUUUGUGUUUUCUCAAAAGAGCACUUUACUUGAAUUAGAAUGGCCGGUCACUGUGGGGCUGUGGUGAAUAUGAAAGGGGCGGAGCUAAGGACUACAAACUCCGCCCCUUCCCCACCAAGCCAUGUCCUGUGGAUCCUGGAAUGACACUGAAGACUGAAGGAUUCGUAAAGAUGGUCUUAUUUUGCACAUUUGUAUAAAAUGGUCUAGAUGACUAUGGGUUGGUUGGAAAGUUGCAUUCGAAGUGGAUUUUUUGAAGAAUUUUACACUGACACCAGGGUACAAAUAAGGUUUGUUGUAGUCAAAUUGUAUGAAUAAAGGAUCCAAUCUUGACUGUAGCAAAUCACAUGCCUCUGCUUAUGAUUUCGUUAAUC